CAGUACCAUUUUUUAUCAUAUAAUACAAUCUUUAUGAGGAAAUUUUCUAAUUUACCAAAAAAGUAGAACAAUAAGUAACAACCAAGAUAAUUUAGAACGAAUUUCAAUAAAAACUUAUUGAUUUAUUAUUGAUAAACUUUGUAAAGUAGAGUCAAUUAUCUCUUGUUUAAUUUUACAAUAUUUAAGAGUUGUAUAAUAAAAAUACUUGUGUUUUUGGGUUUAUUACUAACUGAGAUAGUAAUUGAACUGAAUAUUUAAAGAGCAAUGGAAGUAAGUACAAAUGGUGAUUCGGUAGCUGUCAGUGAAGAUUUAUCAUGGGCCCUGCAAAUAGGUGAUUUGGAAACAGUAAAAGAACAAAUUCAAAAAUUUGCUAAAGAAAAUAGUGAUUGGAAUGUAAAUAAUUCGACUAAUGGGAGAACUUUGUUGCAUAAAGCUUGUGAUUAUGGACAUUUAGACAUUGUUGAAUAUUUAAUACAAAAUGGUGCUAACAUAGAUAAAAAAGAUAAUUUUGGAAUCACUCCAUUACUGUGUGCUUUAUGGGAAAAUCAUUUAAAAGUAGCUAAAUAUUUGAUUGAUAAUGGUGCAACAACUACUUUACUUACACCAGAAGGCUUGAAAUAUUAUGAAUGUACAGAAGAUUUAGAAAUGAUAAAUUUACUAAAACAGCUUGAAGGACAGUAAAUGUUUGUGUAAUUCUUUAAGUAUUUUUGAAA